AUGGAAUUGCCAGGGGGGCUGAUGUCAUCUCCCUGGAAAUUCAGUUGCACAAAACAGAAAGCAAAUUGCCUUUUGGACGCCGAUAUAAACCCUGCCACCAGCACCUUCCAGCCACACACCUCUGCCACCCCUCGAGCCGAGCACACCGAGCAGGGAAUGGCACUGGCAAAAGCAGCCACCAGCAUGGUCUACUCCACCUUCCAGCGUCUCCAAGCCCUGAGAGCACCGCUCCGGCUCCGGGAGGGCGCCGGGGGAACCGGGGAUGCUCCAGGGGAACCGGGGAUGCUCCAGAGGGAUCUGGGGAUGCUCCGGGGGAACCGGGGAUGCUCCGAGGGGAGCCGGGCUGGGCUGGGCUGGGCAGUGGGGCCCGGAGCUCUGAGUGCCGGGGUUCCUGCUCCCCGGGAGGGGGGAUGUUGUCCCGUGGUGACUCGAAGCGCUCCCGAGGAAUCCGUGACCAGCAGCUUUGCGUCGUUCAUCCACGCGGCGCAGCCCGAGCAUCUGUCCCAGACCGUGCGGCAGCGCAGCAAGAGGAUGAUCCUGGACAGCAUCGGAGUGGGGCUCGUGGGCAGCACCACAAGAGUGUUCGACAUCGCCCUGCGCUACUGCCGGGAGCUGUACUCCUCCGUGGCCGUGAGCUCUGUCUAUGGCAAGCCCGGAGUGAAGCUGUCCCCGACCCUGGCUGCCUUCACCAACGGCGUGGCUACUCAUUCCAUGGAUUUUGACGACACGUGGCACCCUGCCACUCACCCCUCGGGGGCCGUGCUCCCAGCUCUCCUGGCAGCUUCCCAGAUGCUCCCUCCGAACACCAAACCCAACGGCCUGGAUUUCCUGCUGGCCUUCAACGUGGGCCUAGAAGUGCAAGGGAGGCUCAUGCAUUUCUCCACUGAGGCUCACGACAUUCCCAAAAGGUUCCACCCUCCCUCAGUGGUGGGCACUCUGGGCAGCGCCGCGGCCACGGCCAAGCUGCUGUCCCUCAGCUCUGCCCAGUGCUGCCACGCCCUGGGCAUCGCCGCGUCCCUCGCCGGGUCACCCAUGGCCAACGCUGCCACCCAGGCCAAGCCUCUGCACGUGGGGAACGCCACCCGCCUGGGCUUGGAGGCCGCUCUGCUGGCAGCCCGAGGGAUGGAGGCCAACCCCUUGAUCCUGGAUGAUAUUCCCGGCUGCUCGGGCUUCAGCGCCUUCUACAGCGUCUACCACCCCAAACCGCUGUCAGUGCCCGGACAGCACCACGAGUUCCUCCUGGAAAAGCAGGAUAUUGCCUUCAAGAGGUUCCCAGCCCACCUGGGGAUGCACUGGGUGGUGGAUGCUGCCUUGUCCGUCCGGAAUCUCUUCGUCAACUACGCGGGGUCCUUCUGCCCGUCGCUGAUCCGCACCAUUGUGCUGAAGAUCCCGGUGUCCAAGUACAUCAACCGGCCUUUCCCCAGCUCGGAGCACCAGGCAAGGCACUCCUUCCAGUUCAACGCCUGCGCUGCCCUGCUGGAUGGUGAGGUGGGCCUGGGCUCCUUCUCCGAGAGCAGCAUCCAUCGGCAAGAGCUCAGGGAGCUGCUGGACAAGGUGGUGGUGGAGCACCCUGAAGACAACGUGGCCAACUUUGACAAGAUGUAUGGAGAGGUGGCCCUGCUCCUGCACAGCGGGGACGUGCUGACAGGCAAAUGUGACACUUUCUAUGGCCACUGGAGGAAGCCCCUGAGCAAAGAGUCUCUCCUGAAGAAGUUUCGAUCCAACGCCUCCCACGUGCUUCCAGAAGAAAAAAUAGAAGCCAUCAUCACUCUGGUGGACAACCUGGAGAACCUGUCAGACAGCUCCCAGCUGGCCUGCAGCCUGUGA